AUGACGACACCUUCCAAAGCCGACUACUACGCCCCGUUACCCUUACACUUACCCCAAAGCUACGUCGUUUUAACCCCAUACUACCCCUCGCCGAACCGUGGCCGCUGCCGCAUAAUCUGCACCGUUUCAUUAAUCCUCCUAGCGGCCAUUGUGUACGCCUUUUGGCCGUCCGAGCCGGACGUGAAGAUCGUACGGCUUCGCUUGAAGCGCAUUCACAUCCACACCAUACCGCGCAUGGCCGUGGACAUUUCCAUGUUUGUGACCGUGCGGGUGCGGAACACCGACGUGUACUCCAUGGACUACAGGGCGCUUGAGGUGGCGGUGGGCUACAGGGGGAGGAGGCUGGGGCACGUGCGCUCGGAGCGGGGGCACGUGAGGGCCAGAGGUUCGUCCUACGUCGACGCCGAGCUGGACUUCGACGGGGUCGAGCUCCUGGCCGACCUGGUGCACCUUCUGGAGGACCUGGCCAAGGGUACGGUGCCGUUUGAUACUGUUACGGAGAUAGAAGCCCAGCUGGGCCUUCUCUUCUUUCAAGUCCCAUUACUGGCAAAAGUAUCAUGUGAGGUGUUGGUAAAUACGGUGAAUCAGACCAUUGCCCGUCAAAAUUGCUAUGCUGAGUGAUGAUUACAAGGUGUACAGAGCUACAAGGAUCAGGGGCUGUCCAAGUUCCCUCAGUUUGAAGCAGAUUCAUGUAUCUUUUGUAAUGAUAUGACAAUAUUGUAAUCUACUAAUCGUGUCCAACCGCGACCUUGGGGUGUAAAAAAUUAAUGUUACUGGUUUUUUUUUUUUUUUU